GUGAGGAAGUGUGGAGUGGUGGUGGUGUGUGAGAAAUCGUUUUUCAUUUCACUUAAUACAUAUCUCUCUUACGUUACUAACGACCUCAAAAUACGCGAUUUGUUGUUCUGGAUGAGGUGACACUUGGAAUGAUAACGUGUUGAGAGAGACAACAGGACAGAUUUACAUGCAUCAAGGUACCUAUGGAUAGGGUCAGUAGCCAAUGAAUGAUAAGAUCAUCAAGGUUCACCACUGGAAUGACAGGAAGAUUUUAGACAAACGGGGCCAAAAAAAAAAAACACAUAACAAUGAUAUGGAUGACUGGGCGUGUAUUUCGUUUAUGUAAGACCAUUAUCAGUAUCAUGUAAGUGUUUAAUCAAGGUCAAGGGAAACCCUCGUCAAGAUGAAGGAAAAAUUUAAAUCAAGAACUACCUUUAAUAAUAUCAAGUGCGAAUCAGAAUACGAUCAAAUGUGACCUUCAGAAAAUGUGACCUUCAGAAAAUGUGACCUUAAUAAGAUCAAGUGUGAGCCAUACUAAGCUCAAGUGUGACCUUCAUUUAGAUAAAAUGUGACCUUUAAUAAGACCAAGUGUGAGCCUUACUAAGAUUAAGUGUGACCUUCAUUUAAAUAAAAUGUGACCUAUAACAAAAUCAAGUGUGACUUUGAUAUCAAGUGAGGCCUCUAAGAUCAAAUGUAAUUGUUAUCAAGAUCAAGGAAGGGAGAGAGGGAGAGAAAGAGAGAGAGAAACAUGAGCAUAUCGUCAGCUUAUGCAAGAUACAGAGAUGUGGAAUCGAACCUGGGACAAGCAAGACGUAAGCGCAAUGAAGCUACAGCCACCAACCUGCCAAGACGACUCCGCCGGUCUACCAAUGACCCAAGCUUGCGAUGGGUGUGGCGGCUGUGGCUACGGUCGGGCGCAAUCCGUUCCUUCUUCAUCGUCCUGGGUUUCGUCAUCUUCACUGUCCACUUCCUCAGCCUCACCAAGACACCAGACAUCGCACGGGGCUACGAUGACGACGUCAACAAUGAGGCAGCUUACAUAGAGAUAAGAGAGAUAGAUACACUGGAGGAUAUAGAGUGGCCGAGGGAGCCACAAGCCUUCACCAACGAUACCAACCUUGGUCCUCUAGAUGACUGGAUCGAGGUAGAGGGGUCGAACCGCAACUUCUUCUUGUAUUCAGCUUACCUGGAUCGCAGAGGAAAAAUAAACGCUGUGAGAAUAAUCGCUAUUAUCAAGAAGAGGGAAAAGGUGAAGGAGUGUGUAGUGUGGACGGGAGACAACAUUGAGAGAGUAAGUGGUAAGAGUCAGCUCAUCCGGGAGAACUGGAACCUGGCCUACUCUGCGGGGUACAUACUCUGUUACCUGAAGGACAGGAACAGCGUCCCCAGCCGCGUGGCUGUGGUGCUCCAGGGACAGUAUGACGAAGCUUCAAGCCUUCCCGUGCAGGACCUCUCAGUGCGGGACACCAUGGGAAACAUGAGCGUCUGCGUCAAAGCUUUCCACUACAAUUUCGACCGAGCCGUUUGGCUAGUUGAGUUUAUUGAAUUUUAUCGCUUGCUUGGGGCCGAUAAGUUUAUUUUUUAUAAUCACACCUUGGGUAAAAACGUCGAAAGAGUGCUAAAAUACUAUCAGGCCUUAGGCGUGGCAACGGUUCUGCCUUGGUCGUUACCUGUGGUAACGCAAGUGGAGAUCAGAACUGAAGGGAUCUUCGCUGCGCUCAACGACUGCAACUUGCGCUCUGUUAACCGCUUUCACCUGGCAGCCAUGGUCGACAUCGACGAGUUCCUCAUACCAAGACAACACCACAAUCUCCUCGACCUCGUGGGAUCUUACGACAGAGGUAUCCAGGCUUUCAUCUUCCAGGGAAUAAACCACGAAUAUGGGUAACAAAUGGGAACAAGAAAAACAUAGGACGGAGAAGAAAAGCUACUGGCCUGUUGAAGUACGACGAGAAUGCGAGAUACGAUACUUCACUAGGACUAAGGUACAACAAAACACCAGCUGGAAGCGCUGCUAAAGGUGAGAAAAACGCCCAUACUGUGUUCACUCUUAUCGCUUUGAUAGCACGGGCUCUCUCGCAUGACUCUGAGGUUAGGCUCAUUCGUCUAACCUAGAGAGCAUGGUUCACAUGCAUGUCCAAGAGAGCAUAAUUUCACAUGCAUGACCAAGAAAGAAUGAUUUCAUAUGCAUGUCCAAAAGAGCAUGAUUUAAUAUGCAUAACUAAAACAGUACAAUUUUACAUGCAUUACUAAGAGAGCAUGAUUUCGCAUGUAUGACUAAGAAAGCAUGAUGCCACAUACAUGACUAAAAGAGCAUGCUGUCACAUGCAUGACUAAAAGAGCAUGAUGUCACAUGCAUGACUUAAAGAAUAUGAUUACACAUUCAUGACCAAGAGAGAAUGAGUCCACAUGCAUUACCAAGAAAGUAUGAUUUCACCUACAUGACCAAACAGAGCAUGAUUUUUACCAGCACCACUAAAAGAGCAUGAACGUACUUAUAUGACUAACG